AUGAAGAAAGUGAAGGUUUUGGUUGUCGGAGGAACAGGGUACUUGGGUCAGCAUUUGCUACAAGCCUAUGCUCAUGCCAUUCCCAAUGCCAAUGGAACUCCUUUUGCUUUCGAUCUCGCUUUCACCCACCACUCAUCUCCUCCCCAUCCUCUUUUGGAUGCCAUUCCUUCUUCCUUUCCUUUCCAAGUAGAUUUGAAAACUGGCGUUGGAUUUGAAACCAUUUCCAACACGUUUGGUCAGCCUGAUAUAGUUGUCAAUUGUGCUGCCAUCUCGGUUCCUCGUGCUUGUGAAACUGAUCCCGCUACUGCACAUGCUAUUAACGUGCCAUCAUCUCUUGUACAAUGGCUGCAAAGCUUUGGAAAGAGAAAUACUCUUCUCAUUCAUCUUUCCACAGAUCAAGUUUAUGAAGGGGAGAAGUCCUUUUACAAGGAAGAAGACAUUGCAGUUCCAGUAAAUGUUUAUGGAAAAACUAAAGUGGCAGCAGAGCGGUUCAUUUCAGAAAAUUGGCCAAACUUUGCAAUUUUGAGAAGCAGUAUCAUCUAUGGGCCACAAGCAAUCUCGCCAGUUCCCAAAUCUCUCCCUAUUCAGUGGAUUGAUAGUGCCCUUGCUAAAGGAGAAAAAGUUCAGUUCUUCCACGAUGAAUUCCGCUGUCCAAUUUAUGUUAAGGAUCUUGUAACUAUCAUUCUAGCUUUAACUAGCCAAUGGAUAUCAGAGGGCAAGCAAAUGCAGUUGUUACUAAAUGCUGGUGGAGCUGAUAGGGUUUCACGUGUUCAAAUGGCUGAGGCUGUUGCUCAAUUUAGAGGGUAUGAUACCUCAUUAAUCAAACCAGUGUCUGCCUCAUCGGCUGAUCGAGGUGUGAAGUCCCCAGCUGACAUAUCUAUGGAUAUCUCUAGAUUGGUUCAAACCCUAAAAGUUCAACCUGUUGCAUAUGAAAAUGGCGUGAGAUUAACACUUUCAACCGAAGCCAAGCAAUGA